AGAACCUCAUCUUACCUAUCUGACGACCCCACGACGACCCCAUGUAGUCGACAUACUUCUUAGACGUAGCAGUAGCUGCACAUCACCCAUCGCAUCUUCUCUGUAACCGGAAAUAGUAGUUUUCUGCAUUUUCAUAAAUAUAUUCAACUUGCAGUUGCAGCUACUAGCUGACAUGGAUGUACAUACAAAAAAACUAGUACCUACUACAUAGGAGUUGCAGAAAAGUGCCACUUCUGCAAAAUCCUCCAGAGUAGGAGGACACGUACGCCCGGACGAGAUUUUUGCAGUUUAUUUUCUACAACCUGCUCCUGCUCACAGCCCACAAAACUAAGCAAGACCUACACGACCCUCCGGUGGUAGUUGUACUGCUUAAGUCAGUUUCUUCAUAAUUCCAGCUCAAUAAAUCGAGGAUGAAACACGCCGGGAUCAGUAGCUUUGCGAAGGCCACUGCCAAGAACCUGACCCCGACGUCCGGUGCUUCUUCUUCCCCAACUUCAUCACCGCCUGCCCAAGGCAGGAGCGGGGUCGCGGCGGGCACGACAAACAAAGACGACCCGAAGAUGAACUCCGCAGCAGGUGGAGGACCUACCUCCACAUCGGGCAGCACCAGCACCAGCGGGAACAAUACGAAUAUAAACAAGAUCAUGAGCAAACAGGAGGCGCUGGGGCGGCUCGGUCUGAACCCGCUGAGCAACCCGAGCGAGGACCAAAUCCGCAAGGCCUACCGGCAGCUCGCGCUGCAGAAGCACCCGGAUAAGCACCCGGAGAGGGAGAGGCGAGCGGCGACUAAGGAGUUUCAGCUGUUGAACAAAGCGAAGGACAUCGCCCUGGGGAACGAAGAGCCCGACGUGGAGCGCGACAUGCAGGACUUUUACGACCUCUUCGGCCAGUACAUGCAAUCCCGCACCGCGCAGGGACCCCACGGCCCCUACGUGUUCAGUUACUUCGACCCGAAGAUGCCCCCCAUGGGGGCAAAGUCGGCCUACCGAAACUUUGACAAAGUCUUCUGGGAUAUGCGUUGCACAUAUGUCAUCUGGGUCUGCAAAACUGCCUCGUUUGUCAUGCUCUGCUAGCAUGACUGUCUAGUCUGUCAUGCAAGGUACCCAAAAGCGCCACUUUUAUGUCAUGGUGUAAAAACCCAGUUUCUCAUGCAGAAUAGGCAACACGUAGCGACUCAAAAACCUGUCAUGCUGAGACGUCAUUUCUGAUUCUGUUUCUGGCGUUCUCUUGUUUCGCAAACCAGCAUCACAAGUUCCCAGACCCAGACAUAUUUGCAAUGCAUAUGGGACUUGUUCUACGGCGAGGAGGCCAGCGAGGAACUGCGGGCCCGGUACGAGCGCCAGCGGCAGAUCCGGGAGGAAGCAAUAUGAGAGUGCACAACUCCCCCAAGACGUCCCCCUCAUUUGUAUCGCAUGAACAGCGAUACAAACACUAACACACAGGGAAACUGUGCAUGACAAGUUCAUGCGCCUAGUGUAGUACUGUAGUUAUCGGGCUUCGGAAUUUGUCAUGCAAACAGUCCCACAGCGCAGCAAUCGGAUUGGGGAUUUUUGCAUGACAAAUGAGGGGCGGGAGGGGGAGUUGUGCACUGUCAUAAGCCAACCGAAUCUCGCAGAAGCAGCACAUGGAACUCAUAUCCUGUGCAAAAGUAUCGUACUCGUAUUGCAAUCAUGCAUUACAAAUUUCUUUCUCAAGUCAAAUCCGCAUUACAAAUUUUAUUUCUCAUGCCGAGAAAAUUUGUAAUGCAUUUAUACGAGUACGAUACUUUUGCAGUUCAUAACUCAAUCUGCGGUACGAAAGGCGGCGGUACGAGGAGCAGCAGAAACAGGAGUCAGAGGAAUUGAAGAAGCGGGCGGAGGUGGAGAAGCAGAAGAAAACCGCACGGCAGAAGGAAGAGGAACAGAAUAUGCAUUCUUGCAAAAGUAUCGUACCAAUAGCAAUUCCAAUUUUACUCAUGCAUCACACAAUAUAAAUAUUUUCUACCUGAUCUACCAUGACAAAUCGCCUUCCUGCUCUUGAAAUAAACAUUUGUCAUGCGAUGUCUACUACGUGCGAUACUUUUGCGAUGCAUACAGAAGGUAGAGAAGCAAAAGCUGAAGAACCUAAAGGAGCAGGAACGGCAGUUGCUGAAGAAAAACCGUAUCAAGUGCAAAGAUGUCUGGGUCUGGAAGGAUGUAACUUGUGAUGCGCAUUUCAGAACACACAAAAAUCUCUGAUGCAUAAGUAGGCAGCAAAAGCUGCUCGCUUGCUGUCACCAAGAUGGCGGAUUUGUCAUGCGGAUUCGGCAUUGCGGAAGCUUCUCGAAACCUGUGAUGCUAGAGCUUCCAUGCCAAACCUUCUGCGUCAUGCAGAAGCAGCAUGACUCUUCCAGACCCAGACACUUCUCCAUUUGAUAAACCGGGCCAAGCUGCGAAAGCUCGUGCGGGAGAAGUGCGGGAAGAACUUUUUCGGCGGCAAGACAAACGAGGAGUGCGAGAAAAAGGUCGGGGAAAAGUUGCUCAUGAAGUUUUGCGACCUGUUCUUUGUGUAUCUAGAGUCCAUGCGGCGGAGUGAAGUGGAAAAGUGGAAACGGGGGGAAAUAAAGUCGCUUUCUUGUUCACAUUCAGAAGCAGUAGUACAACCAGCUGCAGGUGGACCGGAAGGUCGAGGACAAGCAUUUUUAGAAGGCGGAAAGACGGUCGAGGGGCAAGAAGAAACCACGACACCAGGAGGAGGCAACAAGAAGAAUGGCGAACAGACCACGACGACCGCAGACGUAAAAAUUCACGAGAAAGCUGCGGGGGCUCCGAUCAGCGUCACCGUAGCCUGUGCCUGCGCCCCCGCCUGCGACAAAAAAUGGACUUUUACGAAGCAGGAAAACAGCAACGCGUGGGUAACGAGUUGCGGCCGGGUGUGGGAAAACAAGGAGGGGAAGACCGUGGCGGAGGCGCAAGCCCUGUUUCGCUGGUUGACAUCCGCAGGGGCAGCACGAGAAUUUUGCAGUGCUGGUGCAGAAAAAACCACGCCCAGUUCAUCUGAAGCUGCAGGCCCGAGUGAAGAAGUCGUGGUGGAAAUAAAGGGUGCGAAAGAAAAUGAUCAUCGUGAAAAGGAAGCAAAGUUAAAGGAUACUCCAGUCACCCUGUUUCCGGAAGGAUUUGUCAUGCCAGACUCCUUUGAGGUACAAGACGACGCUGUUGACCUUGGCCCGGGGGGAGAGAAUGAAACAGCAAAAAAGCAAGGGGAACAAGAUCAUGGACAUGUUCCUAGAGUAGAAGCAGAAGAAAGGAAAACUGCAGAUCUGGAAGAAAGUAAACCACAAGCGGAGAAGGAACGCGAGGACCCAGACGAAGAGCAAGACCUGAUCCGCGCUCCCUCCUCGGAGGUUUUUCACAGCCCCGCCACGGAGACCCGAAGCUCCUGCAACGACGCUCCCAGCCCCGCCGCGUCGCAGAGAGACACGGUGAAAGACAGUAGCUCUCCUGAUGCAGGUUCGUCGUGUACUACGGCCGCGGUUGAUGAUGUAGUGCUUUCAGUAUCUGGUGCUAGUGGUCGUGUACCAGAUAAAGCGAGCGAUGCUAAAAAUGACGCAUCAAAUAAUCCAGAUCCAGUUCCAGUUCCACCUUCAUCCGUGCCUGCUUCAUCCCCUCGUCAAGAAGUAUAUGCCCCCUCUGAAGAGGCCCCGACUGCUGCAGGAGCUUGUGCAGGAAAAGGAGCAGAAGUAACAAAGGUGCCACUAUUAUCGGCCACUCGAGCGAAAAACUCCUCGACAACCAAGCGCGAUGAAGAGGUCGUGAAGGCGCACGACCAAACGGAUCAUGCAGGGCCAAAAAAUUCUGUUCUUGAUGCGACCGAACUACAUCAAGGUGGUGCUGCGCAAGAAAGAGAAGGGCCGAAUAUUAAAGAUAUGAAGCCCAGCACCGCGGGCGCGGCGGCCGCUCCGACACCAAAAGUCACCGCUCCAGAAGAUGUUGAUCACGAGCAGACACUUCGUCCAGCCACCUCGGCAGUAGAACAAGAGCCUGGAAAAACGAUACCAUCAUCUUCCCCGGCUCAAAAGCAGAAAUGCGCACCAGAUGAACAAAAUGAGACGGCGAAAGAGCAGUCGCGCACAGAAAAAACUGGCGCCGAUGCGAGUAUGCACAGCAGCACCAGGAGCGCACGACCUAGUGGACAACAAGCCACAACACCAACGCCGCCUCCUCCUCCGGUUGGCGCCGUCGCGGCCGACGACGUCUCCGCCUCCCCGCCCUCAUCUCCAACGACUAGCAACAGAAAGACUUCUGCCCCCACGACGUCGAGCCCUCUGACGAGCCAAAAUUCCCUCCUGCUCGAGGCGCAGAUCCAGCUGAAGCUCGGCUUGUUUCAGAUCAUCGAGGAGCAGCUGUGCCUGUGCAUCCAGGACGUGGAAACGAAUCUAAGCAAGGACGCGGAAGUUGUAGGCGAGGAGCUCUACCGCAUCCUGGACUACUGCGUGCGGUCGGGCGAGGAGUCGGUGGAUUACGUGCGAGAAGCAGAUCAGAAACUACACGAGCAGGAAAAGGAAGAAAUGAAGAACGACGUCGAAGUAGAAGUUGUGCACGAUCAAGAACAUCAUCAUCCUCGGAAUUCAUCCUCGGCCUCCUCUAGUGGUUCCACUUCCGCGUGCGGUACUAGUAGUUCGAGUUCUUCCUCGUCGGCUAACAAUAGUUCGGCGUCCGAUUCGGAGAACGUCUUCGUGGGAGAAGAUGAAAGUGAAACUAAAAACGCCCCGCAGAAGAACAAACAGGGACGAGAAGAGCACAUCGCACGAGCGGGGGAACACCGGCUGAAGCUUGUGGAGGAGAAGAUCCGGCAGGUGGUUUUAGAGAAGUGGAUGCUACCCAAAGAGAAAAUCGAAAGUCUCUUUUUCAAAAUCCAACAGUUGGAACAGGGGCUGAUGUGCUGAAAAUUUCCAUUGCAUUUUUCAUGUGUAGUUGUACUUCUUGGGUACAACUUCUUGUACUAGUACAAAUACAAAGUGAGUAGCACUGAUGUAGUAGUACAAGAACUCAAGAAACAGAAGUAGGAAGCUGAAGCACGAUGAGACCGACUACUACAAGACCUUGUGGUCAACAAGAACCAUGAAUCGCUCACCAGCAACAUGAUCUUCUGAAGAGAUGAUCUGGUACUAAAGUAGUGACAGUGGUGCUGUGAUCGCAAGUUGCAAAAAAACAAGCCAUCAACAUCUGGAAGUUCAGGAGUUUGCGCAAAUACUUACUACAAGCACUCUUCAUAGUAGGUACAACCCCCAUCGAGAAGUAUUAAGUACUACGAAGUUUUAACAAAAACCAGAGACAGGAGCAAUUCUAACUCUAAGUUUGGUAAAGUGAAAGUCUACUCGAGAAGAUUUUCGUGGUCGCAGUUGUGG